AUGAAUUUCGUCGUCUUGUUGGUUGCGCCCUGUCGUGGGGCCAAACUUAGCCGUCACCGGAAUCUAGACGAUGAUCGAUCUAUUUUGAUUUUCACGAUCGUCACCGGUGGCUUGUGGCUCAUUUUGGCGGUUUUGUUAGACGAGGAGCGCAAGUUGUUGCAAAGAGGUUCUGCUGAUAGAUCAUCAGGUUUGGCAUUUCGGCCCUUCGCCCGAGCCACCGAAGCACCAUCAAGUUCGGAUUUGAAUGAAAUGCAAGGAGGAACACGCGGAAAAAUGAAACCAUUCCGUCUUGGCGCUGGUCAUACACCACCAAAUCUAGCAACGGCAAGGCGACCGAGUAGCGGAAAAAGCGGCCGAAGGAGUGGAAAAAAUAACAGGCAAAAUUUUCUGCAGAGCAAGGUU